GUUUCCCGUGCUGCAUCCACAAACUGUCAUAAACCCGUCCCGUCGCGACGAGAGGAAACACGCAAGAGAAAAGUCCUCGACGAUGUCAUUAUUCGAAAGUCGAGGUGUGUUUGCGAGUCUUUGUCUGUGGAGUAUCUUGUUCUUGAGUGUCAAUGCGAAGACGCGGAAGAAAGACGAGACCCAGUCGACGAACGACAUCUACCGAGGGAGAUGUGCGUCCAGGUGCCUCAGCUUGCACAGCACGCGCAUAGCGACGCUCUCCAAACAAUCUCAGGUGGAGAACAAUGGAUCCCUGGGUUGGUGUCAAAAUCAUAAAGAGUGUGCCAAGUGCCUGGAACCCUGCAAGGCCUCCUGGGACCUGAGGAGCCAAUGCCGGGAGCUUUGUGAGCGCUCAUUUCCCAAGAAGCACUGGGAGUGUGUGACGAGUUGUGAGUUCCUGCGCUCGGUGGUGGCAGUGAAGCAGGGUGACUGCCCUGCCCCUGAAAAGGCCAGCGGAUUUGCGGCGGCGUGCGUGGAGGGAUGCGAGGAGGACAGAGAGUGCUCUGCCCAGAAGAAGUGCUGCUCCAACAGCUGUGGGCACACCUGCCAACCUCCCAAGAACCUUUACAAAGGAGCCCCUCUGAAGCCCAGAAAGGAGCUGAGUUUUAAGGAGCUGAGGUCUGGUCAGAUGGAGGUGAGCUGGUCCACCCGAUUCAACGUGUCAGCUGAGCCGGUCGUCUAUGUGCUCCAGAGGAGGUGGAACUACGGGAUCCAACCCAGCGAGGACGCUGCUACACAGUGGGAGGGGGUAGCUCAGACCACGGAGGUGAAAGCGCGGCUGGCUGACAUCCGGGCAGGCCGGUGGUACCAGUUCAGAGUGGCAGCAGUGAACGUCCACGGGACCAGAGGGUUCACCACUCCCAGUCGCCACAUUCACACCAAGAAAGACCCCUCCAGACCCCCUGCCCCAUCUGAGCUGAGGAUGUCCAACAAGACCUUUGGCCCCGGCGGCAGGGCGGUCUCGGUCCGGCUGCGCUGGUCCAUCCCCUCAGAUCUGGAUGUCCCUGUACACCACUACAGGGUGUCCUGGAGCUGGGCCACAGGCAGCACUGGGGCCAUAGCACCACCUAAGACCAAGAGGAGGAAGCUGGUCAAUGGGGGGCAGAGCUAUGUGGAGCUGGAGAGUCUGCGAGCUAACAGGAGUUACAGUGUGGAGCUACAGGCUGUGUCCUAUUGGGGACAGACCCCACUGAAAAGUCCCAAAGCCAGCCUGCACUUCAACACACGACACAGGCAGGAGCAGACAUCUGGCGCCCGCCCGGUCCCCGUCCCCGAGGGCCUUAUCCCUGAUGUGUUGGAUGUGGGCACCCCUUUCUACCAGGACGGCCAGCUGCAGGUCCGGGUCUACUGGCAGAGGAGCACAGAUCCCACUGUAGCUCGGUAUCGUGUCCAGUGGGUACCAGAGUACUGUGGACACAACCAGACCAAAGGAGUGGACAAGAUCAUCACACGGGAGGGCUUUGCCAGCCUCCACGGCCUGCUCUUCUCCUGUAAGUACAGAGUGAACCUCCAGCCACUAGGUACUAAGGGACGUGCCCAGGCAGAAACCACCUUCUUCUACACCACCUCCUGUGCCACCAUCAGGGCCAAGAGCCCCAAACACAUAUCCUGUCCCGGCCAGGAAGGAGCCCCUCCUCCUCCUCCCAAGGUGCUGUCCAAGGCAGAGAACCUGACCGCCUCCUUCAUGGCCCACAAGGGUAACGUCACAGCUGUGUUUACAUGGGAGGUAUCUACACCACUCCCACCCCAACAGCUCCACGGGUUCCAGGUCACAUGGGCAGAAGUGACCUCAGCCAGUCGCCAUAACAACCUUCCCAACAGCCUAAUCUCACAGUCCCAGAUACUACCACCAGAGCGUAAUGUCCUGGUAGUGUCAGGUCUGCAGCUAGCCACCCUCUACAGGUUGGAGAUCCAACUGAUUGGAGCCGGAGGAGAGGGUCCUGCCACCACCAAGACUUUUUGCACUCCCACCACCUCACCAGUCCAGCAGCACAGACCUAGACUCAGGAACCAUCACCAGCACCAGCCCAACAUAGAGAGGCACUGACCAGACUGCACAGAACUAACCUCCCAGACUCAGGACACUGGAGAACAGCCACCAACAGAAGAGAGAAGUGUUCUCUUUCAGACACUACUCAGUCAUGCCUCUACUGUUGUAUGUACACUCUACCAAUCAAAGAAAUUGCUAACAAGUAGCCCACCGAUAAACAGUUCACCCAACCCUUCAACGAGGGAAUGCUUCUGAAUUUUGCAUGUGGAUAUGAGUCGCUAUACAGUAGAUUAAGAUUCCUUAGAGACCUUGGCUUUGCAUGUAAAAUCCUAGUGUUUCUGGCAUUAAAUUAUUUGUAUUACAACCUCCCUGUCUCCGACAAAUAGACAAUGACUUGUCGCUGUUAAUUAAUACAUUUUUUAAACAUAAAAGCAAUGUUUUUUUACGUUUUAAUAGGCUGAAGAUGGCAUUUUGUGCCCCAACUCAUGUACUGUAAAUGGUGUACAUACAGUGUCUAUAAUUUAUUUAUGUCUACAGUGGUUUAUUUGUAUGUAUUACUGUACUCAGUUGUCUUUGUGUUACUUUUGACUGUGUAUGUUCUUUCCAGUUCACCCUUUUGUAAACUGACAUACCCUGUAUAGAGAUGUAUAAGUAAAUUCCAUGUCAAAAAGUGUUGUCGUCUGUGCAUAUUUUAUACUGUAUGGUUCAAAAGUCCAUAGUUAUAAACCAGAGCAAAUGAACGACCAUUGUGUUUCUAUUGACAUGAUGGCUUGUUUGGUGUGCAAACAAAAGGUUAGCUAGUGAAACACAGGUCUCCUGGGGACGUGUGGAAAUACAAACACACCACCCGGCAAUGCAGUCUGUCAGCGUUCUAUACCCAUGGUGCAUGGCGUCACACUUAUCCCCAUUCAACCCAAACAACUGGGUCUCUGUGUUUCUGCCUGUCUAACUACUGUAUGUGUGCACAUGCGUCUGAAUAUGACUCUGCUA